CUACGUCUACGACCUUGGUACUUCGACCCUGCUACAGAUGAACUCUGCCAAUUAAACAGACUGCAGCUGUUUUUGUUCCAUUUUAUGUGAUCUGUUUGGAGUCUCUGUUUAAUAUUCCUUAUUUCGAAGAAAUCAUCCAAUUCCUCUGCAUUUUUUCGAAGUGCCCGGUUGGAUAUCUCAUAAACUUAGCCAGUAUUUUGGAGCAGGCAUCGAUACGGAAACCUUUCCAUUGAAAUCCUUAAACUAAGCAUGAGUGGGGAAGGAAAUGACUCGACCAUUGAUCAAAGGAAAACAGUUGGCAUUAAAAAAGAUGGCUUCAUUGAGUAUACUUUAAGAGAACCGCCUUCCUUACUAAGCCUAAUGCUCAUAUCCAUUGCAAUCAAGCUCUGGACAGAACCAGAUUUGAAAAAAGAUGUUCAGCGACACUCACUGAAACAUGGUUCAAAAAUUCGUUCCACAGAAGAAAAGCUCAGUUAUCAAAGAUUAGAAGAAAGGGUAUUCGCAAAAGUAGACGGUCUCCUCCUUUCUGUUUCUUUAAAACACGAAAUCUAUAGUGUUAUUAGGCCUAUAGGUUUGGAAUUGAUAGGAGCUUUUGUCCGUAGACGAAAUUUUCAAAAUUGUUUAAAUGGAAACGAAUUGGAUACAACCCUAUAUUGGACAGUCGAAGGGACCGUUGAUGAAGUCGAAUUGAUCAAAGAGGUGCUUAAAACGACAGAACGCGAUGGGUUGAGAAUAUCGGAUAUUCAAGGCAUAUACUUAUUAGCUUGUGAGUUCUGUUUAGAGGAAUACAUUUCUGAUAUAUUUAUCUCCAUUUACAAAUUGCAAGAAUUGCUUGAAAUGAUGAAUCAAGCAGAUGCUGAUGGUAUAUACUCCGAAAGUUACUGCAUUAAUCAAAAUAUAAUUUCGGUAGCAAUUUUUCGUGGUAAGAUACACAGUUUUCUAUAUUUUUGGGAAAAAUUGACUGAUACACAGAAAACCAGAGGCUUGGACCAUUGGUUUGAUAUUUUGAUGAACAAGACAGUUAUGGCAGAAUCACAGUAUUGUUACCUGGAAUACAAUGGGCAUACAGAUAUUAUGUGUUCUAUGUUGUCUCGACUAAAUGGUAAAAAGCAAAAGAAGUAUUUUUUAAAAUAUUCUUUCAGAAUAUUGAAAUCGUUACUUUUCAGUUGGCCAUUUCAAAAAUAUCUCCUACCCACCAUCACGUCCAUGAUGGAGUAUCUUCAAGAAGAUGUUUACGUCAAAAUAAUGGCAACUAUUGGAGAUCUGGUCGGGGAAAGCAAAACAUUCGAAACAAAAAAUCUUUUCAUCAAAAUAUGGUCCAUCAGUGAUUUAAGGUUGAAAAAGUCUCUCUUAAGGGACCUUUAUGAACGGCAAAGGGCGGCAUGGGAUCUCAUGGAAAAAAUCAAUAAUAAAACUUUGGACUACGACACUCAAUUAUCGUUAAAGCCAUCGGUCGAACUACAUUGCAAAAGGCAAAAGACACUAUGGAAUCUUUUGAAGUUGUGCAACGAUAGAACUAUUGAUUUAAUUAUAAAUGAUAUUUUUUCGGAAGGUAUUAGGAAAGUAGAUUUUAGAUGAAAAAAAUCGUUAAAUCUUUCACUGCGGUUUGAAAGCACAAAAAAAAUUGUUUUUUUGGAUAUGCUGGUAACUCUUCUUCUAACUCUAUGUUUUCAUUCAAGUAAUCUUAAAUUGUAAAUUAUUUGUCUUUAUAAUAAUGAAAAAUGAAAUAAAGUAUAUUUAUAAAA